AUUACCCAUUACUCUACUAUUACUAUUUUUUGUUGAACUCCAAGCAUAUUUACUGUACAGUUGGUGUGUGCAGAGCAAUGCAGAAGUAAUAGUAUAAUGACCAUACCACGUGAUUUCUUGGUAAACAUGAAUCAUGUGGUCACACCAUAUGCAGGGAGGGGAAGAUAAAUGAAUCCUAUUAGCAGAUGACAUGUGAUCAUCAGUAUUUGUGUGGAAUGUCUAUAGAAAGUAAACUAGCAAAUGGAUAAGAAACAAUUGGAACACAAAUCACCCUGUCUAAACUGAGCAUAGCCACAAUGAGGAAAAUGGCUUCCAUACAUCUGUUGAAGGAUUUAAAAUAUCAAGACCUGUUCGAUACGUGGUAAACUACAAAAAACUGAUUUUAGGGACCCCCCCUCCCCAUUCAAACUCGCUCUCGAUCUUCGUGGCGAAAGUGCGAAUCGAUAAACAAUCCCAACGUCAGCCUGUAUCUCCAGCACAGCCAAUCUCUCAGAACCAUAAACAUAUAAAUUCGUUUACUGCAGGGUACAUGUCUUUACAGUUCAGAGACUAUCACCGACACUUACCAUGGAGCUGACCGGAGAGCAGCUGAAAGAGGCAGAGACCCGGCUGAGAAGACAUCUACCUCGGUCACUACUGGUGUACGGUAAUUUGGUCCUGUUGAACAGAGUGAGCUCAGACCCUGUCCAGGUGUUGGUGGACACAUGGCCACACUUCACUGUGAUUGUCUGCAGACCAAUGCAUGUGCAGAAAGGUGAUCUCUUCAAAGAUAUACUGUUUUUUGCGACGGAUGAAGCACUUAUGGAGGAAACCAUACGAAAGUCCUCUAUCCUGGAUUGGACCAAGUUUCUCUGUCUUGCAAUCAGUCAUCGGCACAUGGAGACAUUCAAUGCAGUGGCAUCAGAAAAACACGUGUCCAGCAAGAAACUGGCAGUGUGUCACAUGAUGAUAUUAGAGGAUGUAUCCAAGCUUCCCUCUGUAGACAGCUCAGGAAUCUCCCUCGGCUCUCUGGAUGAAUCCCACAUUGGCUGGGUGAGUCAGACGUGGAAGUUCGCAAAUGAUGACGAGGCUGUGGGGAUGAUCCGCAACAUGAUCGCAAACUUCCCCUCCUGCUGCGUGCUGGAUGCACAACGUAGGCCAGUGUCCUGGAUCCUGACCUAUGCCUCGUGUGCCAUGGGAAUGCUGUACACUCUGCCAGAGCACAGAGGCAAAGGCUACGCCAAAGUCCUCAUCAGCACCAUGGCAAAGAGGCUCCACACUCAGGAUUAUCCAGUCUACUGCUUCAUAGAGGAGGAGAACCUGGUCUCCUACAGGCUUUUUAAAACCAUGGGCUUUACUGAAGAUCCCACAUACAGGCAGGCCUGGCUGGCAUUUAAUGAACAGCUCAGUGGAUGGUAACAAAUAAAAAUAUUAUAUAUUCUAAAUAACUAAGUGUCCUUAAACUGAAAAAACCUGCUUCAUGGAAAUGCACUCGCAUAGCUCUCUUCAAACACCUCAUUUAUUUUCUGAAAAAGCCAUUGACGUAUGACUGGAUCUGGAAUGAAAAGAAGAAAUCGUAAUGUCAAAAAUAUCUGUAUAUACCUUUUGAAAGGUAUAUCAAAAGGUAAAUGCAAUUUAUAAUAUAAAUAUAAAAAAUAUAUAUAUAUAAUUUUUGAAACUAACAAUUUAGUAGCAAUUAAAUGGCACUUACUUAUAGCAUUUUGUAGUUUUGCUUUAUUUUUGAAGAAAUUGUACUUUCUUGAUUUUUGUUGUUCUUGGUUUGUACCCUCAGGGUUGAAUGCACUUACUGUAAGUCGCUUUGGAUAAAAGCGUCAGCUUAAUGUAAUCUAAUGUAAUGUAAUACCUGUUUAAUGAAAUCUGCAUUUUUAUAUUACAUUAAUUCUGACUGAAAUUCCUCCUGCAUUAAAAACUGAAAUUAUUUUGAAUGAAA